AUGAGUCAAAUGAUCCGUCAAAUUUUAUUUUUCUAUCUCCUGAGGUUAAAAUCUGAUAUCUUUUCCGAAAACGUUACAGGGAAUGUAACUAACAGGUACCUUCUCUGUAGAAUAAAAUUAAUUUUCUUAUAGCGAUUGUAAUGAAGAAUGGGGAGUUUUAUGUGCAGAUGGAUUGCAAUGCAUUCAAAAAACAUACAUGUGUGACGGGAAAAGAGAUUGCAAAGAUUGGUCGGACGAGUCCAAGGCAUACUGUAUUGGGGAGAACGAAAAGGAUAUGGUAAAUAAAAUAAUAUUACUUGAGGUGGGUUAAGUUUGAGGUCCUUUCGGACCGCGACAAUCGGGGAAAAUUUAGAAGGCACCGCGACAUUUCCAGAAUUUGGACGUGGUUGAAUUCUUUUUUUAGGAUGACUUAUCUCGAUCAUUUGUGCAAAAUUUUGAUAAAAGCUGGCCAUUUCCUAGAUUAUUUGUAAUAUUACACUUAAAAUUACACUUGAUUCUCUCCUUCGUUUAUUCCGUGGGUUCAGAUGUUUAUUAUUUAUACAGGGUGUACCAAAAAAAUGGAAACUUGUUUUCAUAGUUAUAUUUUUUCGGAGAAUCAAAAUUCAGCAAAAGUAACGGUCAUGAUUGGUAACAUAGAGCAUUGUUUAUAACAUGUUCAACCUGUUUUACAGUGGCUGCCUUUGGUGGCGAUAUAGAGCUCCAAACGUGACGUAAAAUUUUGGGGUCCGGGCCGCAGCUUUUUAAGGGGGAAAUCGGUCCCGCUCUUGGGGCAUCAUUUACUUUGCGACUCCAAACUUUUGUGGAGAAUAGUACAGGUGCCGGCCUUCUAUUUAAAAAAAUAUAUAGUCCAUUGGAUUCAGAUCUGGCGAGCAGGCGGUCAUUUCGCAGGCGGGAUAAAAUCGGGAAAAUCGGUCCCAUUUCGGGUCCUGAGUCGAUUUUGCCUUGUGAGCCGGCGCUGAGUCCUGCUGAAACGCCAAUUUUGCAUUGCCAAGGUUCUGCUGAGCUCACGGAAGCACGACAAAAUAAAAAUUAACGCGGCGCUAGUAUUUUGUCCCAUUUAUUCACGAAAAACAUGGAAUUCUUGCCGCUGGCACAAAUUCCGCCUAAAGCAAUGACGACCCGGAUUUUGGUGGUAUUCGACGAUGGCCAAUAGGCUAGGAACCUCAUUGAAGCAGAUUCUAUCGUUCUGGUGGUUGUGUAUCCGCUAAAUAUUGAACCGCGAACUGAAUGCGCUCAUGUCUCGGAGCUGCGGCCCACCCCUUUGACUUUCCGACAUUUUUGCGCUGUACGCACUUUCUCUCGACUUUAAAGAUAUGAAUUUUUUAGAGCUUGUGUGGGAUGAGGUUAAGCUCGCCUUUGACUAUUCGGCCGAGCGAUCGGUCGCUGAUGUCAGUCUCAAGGGCAAGUUUUUCUUGAAAAUCGCGGAUUUUGCUGUGGGGGAUCUUUCGGUUGAAAGAUGCGCUGGCGGUGCGUUUUCUUUCACUUCCUGGGCGCUUACUAUCCGUAUCAAUCUCCUUGGGCCUCGUGAUUACUUUCGACACAACGUUCUUUCUAUACCGAGCAAAUUAACUGUUCGAACAGCUCCAAAAACAAGUCAAAAAUCGAGGUCCCUUUGUUUGAAGUUCAAAAAGACAGGUCGAUUAAUCGAUAUGGGCCUAAAAAUCAAACCACUAGGACAGAAAAACACAGAGAAUGGCUACACCUAACCAUUUUUGCUUCAGGACAAAUGAAAAAAAGUUUCCAUUUUUUUGGUACCCCCUGUAAUAUGGGAUAUCAAGUUUAUUUUUUGCUUUACUCAUUCUUUCUAAAUUUGUCCAUACGUGCAAAUGCAUUCAUCAUUUACAUGAAUCUUAUCCAAACAGAAACUUGGCAAUGUUUCGAAUAAAACGGAUCCUUGGCCUCCCUCCUAAUAAAUAUAAUAUCCGCGACGUUUAAUAAUUCAAAACACAAUACUACAAACCUUUGUUUACAAGUGUAACAUUUAAUUGUUUUUGAUCCAGGUCAGCUGAGAAUUCAAAGUCUUUGUACUAAAAAUAAUUGAAAUGCUUUUACGAUCAGAGUUUCUUUAUGUGUAAAGCCUCACAAAAUGAGAUGUUUGUUAUAACUGCUUAAAAAGUUUGACAUAAACGAAUACGAAUACGAUACGCCUGUCAACGAAUGAAAGUACGUGAGAAAAGAAGACAUCGCAUAAUAUAUAGAAGGGAUGCCCGUUACGUGUAGAUGUCCAUGCGAUAUUAUCCUUGUCUCUCAAUUGUAGUUUUUGAUUAAAAAUUAUGCAAAAUUGAGUGUGCAGAAAACAUUGUUGCAUUUUACUUGACAAUUCGUAUUUUAGGAUCUGGUUAGAUCGAUGGAUUCUUGUGAAGAUCACUGGUUUUCGUGUCGAGACGCCCGUUUCUGUCUUCAUCCUCUUCUUGUUUGCGAUGGAAUUCGUCAAUGCAAGUAAGUACUUUCUGAUCAACAUGUAAGCUUGUUUUAAGCCUACUAAUUAGUGGAUACUAUCCUUGCAAAGGGUUGUUUUCGUCGAUAAACCAUAACAUCUUGCCAUUUAGAUGGAUGCAAAUGCCAAGUAGUCUUAUUCGAUAAAAAAACUAAUGACACAGAAUUGAAGGGCAGGAUAGAUUAUAAUAUUUAUUUAAAUACACCGGAUGGGCAAUAUGUGUUCCUUAGGGCAUCGAGACAUUCGAUGGGAAGCAGAGGUUACGUUAUUUUCAGAACAAAAAAAUUUGAAUAUUUAAAUAUCAAAACACUUGAGUUUGUACUUGGAACGAGUUAUACAAGUCCAACAAGCAGCGAGGAGGAGGACAUACGGCCACAUCCAUAAAUUAUAUUAUUAUUACAUUAACACAGCUACAUUCAGAGACGGCUCCGAUGAAGCGGCGCAUUGUUUUUAUCUCAACUUUAUCCGAUUCAACGCCACCAAUUAA